UCUCAUCCCAACUCCUCCCACCACCAAAUCAACCAUCAAAACCCAAGCAAGCAAGAGUAAUGCAAGAGCUCCUCCUCAUGGUGGUGUCCCAAGUUCUACUCUUGCUACCGGCAAAUAUGGCCUUGGCUACUCCUACCAUAGAUUUCCAGUACCUCAAUGUGCAUGAACUACUGAUCCAGACCUCCAACCUUCACCAGCUUUCUAAGACCCACGUCCACAAGGCCAACAAAUGGGCUCUUAACUUGGUCCAUCGUGAUACCAUCUCCAGCCGGAACUACUCCAGCCACCAUCACCGCUUCCAAGAGCUAAUGAACCGGGACGCCCGCAGGGUCGCCGGUCUAACCCGCCGACUCGCCGCUUCGACCGGGCUGGCCUACUCCUCGGAGGAUUUCGGUUCAGAGGUGGUCUCCGGUUUGGAGGAAGGGAGUGGCGAGUACUUCGUCCGAGUAGGCGUUGGGAGCCCGCCAAGAGAGCAGUACAUGGUGAUCGAUUCGGGUAGUGAUAUAACUUGGGUCCAAUGCCAGCCUUGUAGCCAGUGCUACCAUCAGGCCGACCCAGUCUUUGACCCGGCCCAGUCGGCCUCUUUCUACAGCAUCGGAUGUGAUUCGGCAGUUUGCGGUUUACUGGACCGGGCCGCCAGUUGCCAAGCAGGGUGGUGCCGCUACGAGGUCUCAUAUGGCGAUGGAUCCUACACCAAGGGUGCCAUGGCCAUGGAGAUGCUGACUUUUGGCCCUACCGAGGUCCGGAAUGUGGCCAUCGGAUGUGGUCACCACAACCGUGGGCUCUUUGUUGGGGCCGCAGGCUUAUUGGGCCUUGGGGGAGGCCCAAUGUCCUUCAUGGGCCAGCUCGGUGGGCAAACCGGCGGUGCCUUUAGCUACUGUCUGGCUAGCCGGGGGAUGGAGAUGCCAGGGUCAUUGGUCUUCGGCCGGGGUGCAGCGGUUCCGAUCGGUGCAACGUGGGUUCAACUUAUAAGCAACCCACGGGCCCCUAGUUUCUACUACAUUGGGCUUGCGGGCCUCGGCGUCGGGGGAAUUCGCUUGCCGGUGCCGGAGGAGGUGUUUCGCCUGUCAGAGAUGGGGGAUGGGGGUGUCAUCAUGGACACGGGGACAGCAGUGACAAGGCUGCCGAUGUUAGCCUACGAGGCGAUGAGGAAUGGAUUUGUGCAGGGCACCAUGGGCCUCCCACGGGCCCCCACAACCUCCAUCUUCGACACAUGCUAUGAUCUAUCUGGGUUCGGGACCGUGCAAGUGCCGACGGUGUCAUUCUACUUCUCUAGUGGAACGGUGCUGACACUUCCGGCGAGGAAUUAUAUGAUCCCAGUGGAUGGACUGGGGACAUUCUGUUUGGCCUUUGCUCCCUCCUCCUCAAGCCUAUCUAUUGUGGGGAACAUACAGCAGGAGGGGAUUCAGAUAACAUUUGAUCUUUUUAAUGGGUUUGUGGGCUUUGGGCCUAACACUUGCUAG